AUGUCCUCUCAACUCUUGCAGACAGAGCUUCUGAAUCUUAUUCAAGAAUCCAAGAGAAAGAAUUCCGAUUUGCGAAAUGCGGCUGAAGAAUCACUCAAUGAUUUGAAGGCGUUGCCUUCUACCUCUGAAGCCCAAAUCUCUGCUGGUGAGUUCACUGACCGCCACCAAGACUUGGUGCGGAAGCCUAGGUUCGUCAACCCAUUCAUUUUGGCCUGCCAUAGUCGCCAUGCAAAGCUUGCCGGUAUUGGUGUAGUUUGCUUGCAACGCCUGGUAGCGUCCAGGUCAUUGCCAUCCGAGCGAUUAAAAGAUGUUCUGGGUGGUUUAAAAGAAACAACAAGUUUGACCUUGGAAAUCCAACUCAAAAUCUUGCAGACAUUGCCAUCACUAUUGCAACAUUAUUCCCAUGACCUGAGCGGCGAGCUUUUUGUGACGACCCUUGAAAUAUGUGCAACGCUGCAGUCGAGCAAGACUAUUGCGGUCUCUAGUACAGCAGCUGCCACACUUCAGCAGCUUGUUGUGUCGACGUUUGAAAGGGUGUCAAUUGAAGAUCGUAACCCCCCAGACUCACGGCCGACCAUUAAUGUUAAAAUUGAUGGCGGCUCGGUAAAGAUAGGAUAUUUUGCAUUCGAUGCUUUACGGGUUUUGGAUGACCUUUGUCGUCUUGUAGAUGGCGAGCCGUUGCAGUUCCUUCGAACCAAGUCGCUCUCUCCAACAUUCACCCUGGAGCUUAUUGAGAGCGUUUUGCUCAAUAGUGGCCGACUUUUCGUCAAUCACCCUGAGCUUACGCAAGUCCUGCGUACCCACCUAAUGCCGCUGAUUGUUAGAUACUUAUCAGAAAGGCAUUCGUUUGCUCUGACUGUACGGAUCACCAGAAUUUUCCUAAUCCUUCUGAAGCGCCACCUAUCACUACUUACUGCUGAAUGCGAGAUGGCACUUUCACUCUUGACCCAUUUACUUGAACCUGACGGGUCAACGCCUUGGAAAAGGGUCCUUUGCAUGGAAGUUUUUCGCGGGUUGUACGCUGAACCGGGACUUGUCAGGCUCGUCUACUCAUUAUAUGACGGAGAAGAAGCAAGGAAAAAUAUUCUUCGCGACCACAUGGCAUCGCUUGUACGUUUAGCCGCUGAGAAACCUGCUCUGAUUGGGGUUAGCGGUCGCUCAACCGUACCAUCACGUGCGGAGCACUCUCGAUCUAUUACCGAGGAGCAAAUAACUCUCGAGGCUGGAGGAGUGGCAGGCGUUAUUGGAACCACAGUUCCCACAACUGACACCAAUGUGCCGGGUAUCAGCAGCCAAUGGAGUGUAGUCCGCACCCCUUACAUGGAGGUGCUUGAUAAGCUCGAACCCCCGCCUCCUCCAGACACAUACAUCUAUAGCCUUGUACUUAAUUGUAUUAGUACAUUUUCCGAAGGACUUGCAAAGUUCAUCCUGCCGCUAACAGUUCCUGACCUCAAACAGAAGAGGAGGAGUCGCGUUAUAGGCCCUGAUCAAAAUGGCGGCUCCACGACGUCUUCGCAAGACCUUCAAAGGGAAGAGUCCCUUAAACAUGCAAAGUCAAACACGAAAAGACUUUCUGUGCCUAUUAAUCCUCUUCAGCUGGAGUCUCAUCCUCAACUUCAAGCAAUUCGAACGUGUGCAGGGAUUAUUGAAGAUUGCUGGCCUGCUGUCCUUGCAACAUGUUCGACUUUUCUAUAUGCGUCACUAGAUGAUGACUUUUACCAUAAUCUCGUCCGCUCAUUUCAGAAAUUGACUCAUGUGGCUGGUCUUCUCAGGCUUUCUACUCCCCGAGAUGCCUUUUUGACCACCCUUGGGAAGGCUUCUAUGCCAGCUGAGACCACCGUGAAAACUGCUGGUACCUCAAUCAUAACACCCAAUCCCCAGCAUAAUGAAGUGAAUGAAAAACGUAGAGGGGCGGAACCUGCCGUUGUGACUCCCCCAACGACUUCAGAAGCUCCAACGUCUCUCAUAAACGAUCGAGCGGUAUCACUAACCCCAAGGCACCUGCUUUGUUUGCGUGCUUUGCUCAAUUUGGGCAUUGCUCUAGGCCCUACCCUUGACCAGCCCGCCUGGUCUAUAAUCCUUGGUACACUUCAGGAUACUGACCUACUUAAUAAAACGCCUUCAAAAGUACAAACUACAGUAGUUAGCUCUGGCGACAUUCCGGGAGGCACUGGGGACUUACCUAAAGUCAAUUUGGGCACAGAACUUAUGGCUGUACAGGCUGCCUCAGCCAAGAUGUUCGAGAGCACCAGCGACUACUCCAAUGAUGUAUUCCGAGGCCUCUUGAUAGCACUGUUGGACCUAUCUGCACCAACAGAAGGACAGCAAACACAUGAAACAUCUGAAGCAACAGGAGCACAGGCUCCUUCCCUACAGCCGAGCUCUGGGCGUAUGCGCAGGUCAUCUCGGCGUGUGUCGCAUGCCAUGGGCAAGUUCAGAAUCCAGGACGAAGAGCUGAGCUUUGUCUUAGAGAAAGCAAACGAAUUAGCCAAAGCAAAUCUUGAAAGGCUUUCUUCAUUAGCCGACAGUGACCAAAGUGCUUGGCAGAUUCUUACCGAACGGCUCAUGGCAACCGCUGCGGACCGACAGAUUGAUCAAAGCCUUCGUUUGCGUGCUAACGAAGUACUCAAUAAUCUGGUUUUUCAAACCAUGAAGCAGGGGGUCGACGAGGCUGAUUUGGAGCGCGACAUGCGGCAGUUAAGGAACCUGGAGACCUUGAAAUCGCAAGUGAAGCUACUGUAUGAAAACGGUGGAUGUUCUCUGGGCUCGCCUUCAACAGUUGUGGUUGAAGUUCAUGAGCAAAUACUGGAAACGCUUAAAAGUGUCCUAGAGCAGUACGCAGAGACUUUUAUUCAAUGCUGGGCCCCUGUUUUCGACCUCAUUUCCAGCGUCUUCGGGCAAUUGCCAUCAGAAGAAUGCAACAGCGACGCAAAAAUAGCCCAAAGACAGAAGAAAACAUUACUCGCAGACUCGGCUCGACUUAUCCAGGUUGCAUAUAAAAGUCUGCAGCUUAUCGCAUCCGAUUUCAUAUCCCAGCUCCCUCCUUCUUGUCGUCUAGAUCUCGUAGACUCAUUUUCCAAAUUUGCUCUUCAACAACAAGUUUUCAACAUCUCGCUCACGACAACCUCAUCCUUCUGGAACAUUUCAGACUUCCUUCAAGACCAGACCGCACGAUUUUCGGUUGAGUCAGGGAUCAACCUAUCUGUUAGUGAAGAGACUCUCGCUACGCUUGCCAGGAGUGAUGAUCUAUCUGUUUCAGGAGAUGCCCUAUGGCUGUUUUUGCUACUGCGGAUUGUAGACCUCACCACGGACACCAGGUCAGAGGUUAGAAAUUGUGCGGUUCACACAUUAUUAAGAAUUUUUGAUGCCUAUGGCCAACAGCUAUCUCCACCGGUAUGGCGUUUAUGUCUGAACCGGGUGUUGUUUCAGAUGGUGGAGGAAAUUGGUGUCAAUCUUUCUAGUGUACAAGGCAAGUACGGCAGGGAUUCCGAUGAGAUUAAGCUAUGGGUUGAAACGGCAGUUGUCAUGAUCAAGGGGGUUUCAGACUUGAUUACCAACUUCUUCGAGACUAUCAUCCAGGAUAGCGAUUUUGACCAAUCUUGGAAGCGAUUACUGAACUACUUUCAGAGCUUGGCCGGCUUACACCUUCUAUCGUUCAGUGAGGCAGUAUUUUCAAGCUUGUCCGGCAUACUUACGCGAGUCCAGUCACCAGAUGGGUUAAGCAAACAAUGUCUACAAUCAGCCUGGUUAGUCUGGGUGAAUGGCCACCCUAUGGAUAAGGAAGAUCUACUAGACUUGGGGCAUCCUAAUCAGGACGCUGCGGUAUCUUACUUGCACACUCUUCAGCAAAUCUAUCGCCUGCAUAAGGAUGAGCUUGUUAACAAGGAUGUCGAAAAAAUCCUGCAGCAUAUGCGGCUUCUUGCAUGGAACUCAAUAUGCCCUCGGUACUCGCCAGACAUAGAUCGUCCAUCCAAUUUGCAGGCAUUGAUUCUCGAUUGUGUCAAAAUGAUCUGCUUGGAAAAGGACGACUCUCAGGGAGAAAUUCUCCGAUGUCUCGCAGAAUAUGUGGAUUCCGCGCUCUCAAAAUGGUCUCCGAGCAGUGACCCAAGGACACCGACUUACAUUGCUUUCUCGAAAGAAUCAAUAGAUCUUCUCAGCUGGUAUUUGGCCGAGCAUGGGAUCAAGCAAAAUAUAUUUGCGGACGGAUCCCUCUCGAUUGUCCUUGAUCACUUGGCGACCCCUAUUGUUCAAAGAUAUGAAUGGCCAGGGAAAGACCGCGAGCCCAGUUUAUGGCGAAAGUCCACCACAGUAUCAUUAAACGUGCUCCAGGUCACGAUCCCUUACGUCGAGGAACAAUACGAGAACUCAAACACGGCCGACAUCUCGCGCUUCUGGACCUGCGUAGUUAAUAUUGCGAAUGGUAUAACUGCCGCUAGAGGCUAUCGGACCAUUCCCAUUCCCAAGGCCACGGUGUUUUCGGACGAAACCUUUGACAUUGACGCGUUUACGAGAUUGAAAACGCUUAUCAUUCCAUCGCUUGGCGCUCCAGCUAUCCCAGAUUCAACCCGAGAAGAUUUUGCCGGUGCAUUGCUGCACUCCUCUUUCAUCUAUCUUCCGCAACGACUCGACCUUCCCGCCAAGUACCGCGAGGACGGCCCACUUGAAGGUCUGUACAAGCUACGCCCAGGAAGAACCUUCGAUCCGCCCCCAACGACGCGAACUAGAAUGGCCUAUGUUGUCCUAGAUACAUUGUUCGAACUAUCCUCCGCGCCCUCGCUUUUAGAUGGGGCUACGGGAGAUGCGUUCGAGAGCGAUCCCAAACCAAUACUACUCGCACGAUCUAUCGCGCCGUACCUCAUCCUCCGGUGUGCCGUAUCACUUAAAUGCUACAUUGCCGACCAGCCACUCCGCGGACUCAUGCCGCAGCCGACACCGGCACGCAAGGCACUACUGCAUCUUAUCCGGGGCAUGGUCGGCCUGCGAAGUGAGCCAUCCACGGUUCCGCCACCUCUUACAGCGACGGUCGGAGCAAAGGCCGAGCGAAACUACAAGCGGCACCUAGAAUGGAUAUACCCCCUUGUCGUACAGGCCGUGCAAGUAGCAGGUAAAGAACGGGAUGAUGGCGAAGUUCUACGUGUGCUUGGGGAAGUCCUGCAUGAGGUUGGUAGUAAUGUAUAG